AUGUCCUAUCCCAAAUCAUUCAAAGGAUCGAAUAGCGCUCGAUUUGUCAAGAACAAAUCUUCAAAAGUCACCACCACCAAAUUCAAACUAGAUCGAGAUGAUGUAGAUGUCACGAAACUUAACCCAAUGCUGAACGAUGUUCUGAAACGAGAAUUGGUCGAAAAAAUCGACCAUUUGGACUCUCUCAUGGGAUUCGACAGGUUCGACCAGGGAGAGUCAGACGGCGCAAAACCUAGAAAAGGAUGGUUGGUUAAUAUGCAUGCGACAACAAUUCAUUCUGCAGAUUAUGCGGGUGGCUACUCCGGUGUUGACUUUUAUUUCUUGGACGAAGAGGGAGGAUCCUUCAAGUCGACCCUACAGUACGACCCAUACUUUUUCCUACUAGUUGUACCUGGUAAAGAGGCAGAGGUUGAAGAGUCAUUAAAGAAAUUGCUAGAAGAGUUCAAUGCCAAGUCUGUCUCGCGCGAGGUGAAGGAUGAUUUGGCUCAGCCCAAUCACUUGAUAGGUCUAAAGCGGCCUCUCAUCAAGUUGGUAUUCCACAAUGUGUCUGACCUAUUAGGCGCGAAGCGUUUUCUCGCUCCAAUUGUCAAGGAAAACCAAUCAAAGAGAGAUACACGUGAUGUCUUCCAGGUCCUUAGUAUCAACAACGUAAAUAGUGUGGAUCAUCGCAAAACAAGAGCCAACGAAGUCACUGUCGACCCAACAUCUUACAUCGAUGAUAUCAGAGAACAUGACGUGCCAUACCAUGUUCGAGUUUCCAUUGAUAAAAAUAUUAGAAUCGGCAAGUGGUAUGAUGUGUAUGCCCAUCAUGGUGUCAUUGACAUUCAAGAAGACACCGCUAAGAUAGCGUUCGCCGACCCUGUCGUUUUAGCUUUUGAUAUAGAGACGACAAAAGCUCCGCUCAAAUUCCCAGAUGCCAAAAUUGAUCAGGUGAUGAUGAUUUCUUACAUGAUUGAUGGCGAGGGUUACUUAAUCACAAAUCGAGAAAUCAUAUCGGAAGAUAUUGAGGAUUUCGAAUACACACCAAAGCCAGAAUUUCAUGGUGAAUUCACUAUUUUCAAUGAGCCUGAUGAAAAGCAUGUUCUCUUACGCUUCUUCGAACAUAUUCGUGAUGUGAGGCCCACAGUCAUCGCAACAUUUAACGGUGACUUUUUCGAUUGGCCAUUCGUCGAAAACAGAUCAAACUUUCACGGCAUUGACAUGUUCGAGGAAAUUGGUUUUGCUAAGGACAAUGACAAUGAAUACAAAUCUAAAUACUGUGUUCAUAUGGACUGUUUUAGGUGGGUGCAGAGAGAUUCCUAUUUACCUCAAGGAUCUCAAGGUUUAAAAGCUGUGACCACUGCAAAAUUGGGAUAUAAUCCAAUUGAGUUGGACCCUGAAUUGAUGACGCCAUAUGCUUAUGAAAAGCCACAAAUUCUUUCUGAGUACUCGGUCUCUGAUGCAGUUGCAACUUAUUACUUGUACUUUAAGUACGUUCACCCCUUCAUCUUUUCUUUAGGUACCAUUAUUCCUCUUAAUCCCGAUGAAGUUCUACGGAAGGGAACCGGAACUUUGUGCGAGAUGUUAUUGAUGGUGCAAGCAUACGAGAAAGAGAUCCUUCUCCCGAACAAAUAUACCGAUCCCAUCGAAAGAUUUUUUGAAGGCCAUCUACUUGAGUCAGAAACGUAUGUUGGAGGGCAUGUGGAGUCACUUGAAUCUGGAGUGUUUAGAAGUGAUAUUCCAAAUGAAUUCAAAAUCCAACCUGCUGCAAUAGAUGAGCUCAUAACUGAUCUCAAAUCCUCUAUCGAGUUUUGCAUUGAAGUUGAGCAUAAUCAAAAAGUUGAAGAGGUCACUAACUUUGACGAAGUUUACAAUGACAUCAAAGCAAAACUUGAGAACCUUCGAGAGAAACCAAAUCGAACAGAAACGCCACUCAUUUAUCACGUGGAUGUAGCUUCCAUGUAUCCCAACAUUAUGACUUCUAAUCGUCUUCAGCCUGACUCCAUGAAAACAGAGGAAGAUUGUGCUGCUUGCGACUUCAGUAGACCUGGAAAGAACUGUGACAGAAGAUUAGAAUGGGAUUGGAGGGGAGAGUUCUCUCCCGCCAAAGCCAAUGAUUAUGGCUUGGUUAAGCGGACACUACAAAACGAAUUUUUCCCGGGCGCAAAGCCAUGGCUUCCAAGAAGAACCUUCGACGAGCUUCCUUAUCCUGAGCAAGCUGCUUUGAUUAGAAAGCGAUUAGGAGAAUAUUCCAGAAAAGCCUACAAAAAGAAGAAGAUUACCAAAACAGUCACACGAGAGGCCAUUGUCUGUCAAAGAGAAAACCCCUUCUAUGUUAACACGGUUAGAAAUUUCAGAGAUCGUCGUUAUGAGUUUAAAAAUUUAGCUAAAGUGUGGAAAGGAAAAGUUGGAAAAUGUAAGGAUACAAUUUCCAAAGAUGAAGCGAAUAAGAUGGUUGUCUUGUACGACUCCUUGCAACUUGCUCACAAAGUCAUUUUGAACUCUUUCUAUGGAUAUGUCAUGAGAAAGGGAUCCAGAUGGUACUCAAUGGAAAUGGCAGGUAUCACAUGUCUUACAGGUUCUAAGAUUAUUCAAAUGGCACGCUCAUUGGUGGAACGAAUCGGGAGACCUCUUGAAUUAGAUACGGAUGGUAUCUGGUGUAUCUUGCCAAAAUCAUUCCCCGAAAACUACAAACUCAAAUGCAAAAACGGAAAAACGGUGUUUUUAGAGUACCCAUGCUCCAUGCUUAAUUUUUUGGUCCAUCAAAAGUUCACUAAUCACCAAUACCAAGAUCUAGUUGAUCCUGCGAGAUUAAAAUACAAAACUCAUUCGGAAAAUUCGAUUUUCUUUGAAGUGGACGGUCCAUAUCGAGCUAUGAUUUUGCCUACUUCUAAGGAAGAGGGCAAAGGUCUUAAAAAGAGAUAUGCUGUAUUCAAUAUGGAUGGUUCAUUGGCAGAGCUUAAAGGUUUUGAAAUCAAAAGAAGAGGAGAGCUCAAUUUGAUCAAAAAUUUCCAGUCGGAUAUUUUUAAGCUCUUCUUGGAAGGUGAGACACUAAGCACAUGUUACGAAGCUGUUGCAACUGUGGCUAACAAUUGGUUGGAUGUCUUGGACACAAAAGGUGGAACACUUGAGGAUGAAGACUUAAUUGAACUUAUUUGUGAGAAUAAGAGCAUGAGCAAGCCUUUGACUGAGUACGAGGGUCAAAAAUCGACUUCUAUCACUACUGCAAAGAGGUUGGGUGAAUUUUUAGGAGCCGAGAUGAUCAAAGACGCUGGUUUGGCUUGUAAGUAUAUCAUUAGCGCAAAGCCACUUGAUAGCCCUGUGACAGAGCGGGCAAUCCCUGUGGCAAUUUUUUCAUCGGAUAAAAAAGAAUACUUUCUCAAACGGUGGUUGAAAGACCCAUCAUUGAGUGAGUUUGAUCCACGUUCGGUAAUUGACUGGAAUUACUACCAUGAGCGUCUUGCAUCGGUCGUGCAGAAAAUUAUUACAAUCCCUGCCGCUUACCAGAGUGUUCAAAAUCCAGUACCAAGAGUUCCCCAUCCUGACUGGUUGAGACAAAAAAUUGCGGUUCAAGAAGACAAAUUUCAACAGAAAUCCAUCACUAAUUUUUUCUCAGCAAGUUCUAAAAAAGAAGUUCAAACAAAAGCAAUUAAGGAUAUCGAGGAUUUUGCUGACUUCGACGAAGCAAAUUUACUUAAGUCUAAAGUUGGAAAGGUGACAAGCAAGAAGAGAAAGUUGCGGGAGGCUCAAAGAGCACGUGCACUUGAAGAUGAACGCAACGAAGCUAUUUUGUCAGGUCCCUGCCCAUCUAUGAUGGAGGACUAUGUUGGCUUCUUGACUUACCAAAAGGCGAAGUGGCUGCUGCAAUCACAAAAUAGAGAAAGGAGAAAAAAACUCUUCGGAGAUAAUACUGAUACUAGCAGCAGAUCGUCUGUCAGCAACAUGUUUCGCCGUCAUGCCGAGACGGUUGCAGGAACAGAUUGGGAAAUUUUAGAAUACAAACCUGAUCCGAUGAAAGCCGGUGCUUUAAGAGUAUUGGUCUCUAUUUCUGGAAAAAUCCAUUCUCUUCUUUUCCACAUUCCUAAACAGAUUUUUGCAACCUUCAAGAACGACAUUUCUUUAAAGAAGCACAUAAUGAAUUGUGAAGUUGAAAAAUCAAAGGCCACUUUGCCCAACGGACAUGACAGCACCAAUUUAUACAAGUUGACAAUGUCUGAAAGUGUAUUCAACGAAGAGAUCAGCAAAGUGGACAGUAUAUUACAUCAUACCAACAUUUUGGGAUUGUACGAAUCGCAAGUUACAGCAAUCGAUCGCGCUAUCAUCAGCUUGGGAAAUGCUGUAAGAUUCGAUGAUACCCGCAUCGGUGCACUUGGAAAAUGCUUAAAGAAUGGUUUUACGAAGAAAGACUUGAUGAAAAUCGAGAAUAAGCCUUACUUAAAGAGGUUUAACAUGGAUAUCCUUUAUUUGUUGCACAUCGUUACGAACAGUUAUGAAUUCUAUGCUGUGUUCAAUACAUGGGACAACACUGCUGAGUUGUAUAUCUUGAAACCCUCAAGCAGCGCUCAAGAGCUUCCUACCAAUACUGAGAAAAUAUAUCAAGAGAUCCAUAGAGCUCGUGAGGAAAAGCUCUCGAGGUUACUGAACAUCAUCGAUUACCAGAGCGAAGUCAAGUUCGACACCAAGUAUUUUAACAAUGCGACCAACUUGCAUAAAAAGCUUAAUUCUGUUUUCCGGAAAAUUCAUGAGAGCCGCAACAACAAAGCUUUAUUCGUUGUACAAUCGCCAUUCUGCCACAAAAUUUUGCCUAUCCUAGAGAAUGCCAAAGAUUUUCCAACAAUCCGUAUGAGUGUGGGUGAGGUUGCUUUGCCUGCUGUUGGAUGGCAAUCUCUCAUUUCUGAACGAAUUAUUAAGCAUUACUUUCAACUAGCCUCCUGGAUCAAGAACUUGAUUGAGCUCUCGAACCAAUCAAAAAUUCCUCUUUGCAAUUUGCAAGUCGAGAAUAUGGAUUAUUUAAUUGAUGUUCAAUAUGCCAGAGUCUUGUCUGAAAACAACGUCGUAUUGUGGUGGUCCCCACAACCUUAUCCUGAUCAUGGUGGGUUCGAAUCUGAUAGACUUGACAAUGUGUCUAGUCUAGACUUUGUCACUAUCAACAAUCCUGAAAUUUACGAGACUGCUUGUUUGGAGAUUGAAAUAGGUACGUUGACGAUUAACACACUUUUAACUAGUUCUUUGAUCAAUGAAGCCGAGGGUGCAGACUUGGCUGAUGACCCGCUUAACAAUUCUGAUGGUGCCUCAACAUUAGCUGCGGAUGCAUUUUCGCCCGUUUCGCUUUCUCAUUUACGAUCAUUGGUGAAAGGCUGGUGGGAUCUUGCGGUAAAUGACAAUGUUUUUGCUGAUUCUAUGAUGGGACACAUGGUCUCUUGGAUCCAAAACAAGGACUCCUACUUGUACGAUUUCAAUUUGCAUCGUCAUAUUCAUAAUUUUACCUGCAAAACCCUCUUGCAAUUAGUUGGUGAAUUCAAGAGAAUGAAUGCAAAUAUUGUUUUUGCAAACCGACAAAAAGUCAUCAUACAAACCUCGAAAAUCUCCGUUGAGAAUUCGUAUGCUUUCGGUAACUAUGUGGUGAAUACCACUAGAUCAAAGCCUUUGUUCAACUAUUUGGAUUUGAGAGUGAUACGCUAUUGGGAUAUUCUCAUGUGGAUGGACCAGUACAAUUACGCUGGUCGUAGUUGCACUGAAAUCUCGGACGAGGAUGUUGAUAAUUUAGUUCCAGUCAGUCAUUGGGACAUAAAGAAUUAUCUUCCAAUUAUGUUUCAAAAUGAGUUGGAGGAUUGGCUAGUUGUCUUCCUUGACUCCUUAUCUACUCAUAAGACUGAAAAGGUCAUGAAUGGAACACAGUUUGGAACUCAGCGGGUAACCCAAUUGGCACAUGUUUUGAAUGGGCAAAAGAAUGGUGGAGAUGCUGAUGAUGAUGAUGAAAUUGUAGGUGAGAUCAUGACAAGCUUCAGGAAGCCUCUUCAACAGCGUAUCAAAAAGUUGCAACGUCGUCAAAAUGAGUCAAUUCUUAACCCCGACAUGAAAGCUGAAUAUGAGUUCCCAAGAUUAGCAGGCUCUCAUUUAAGUAUGAGAAAUCCAGUCUUAGAAUUGGUGAAAUUCAUGUGCGCCGUCUUUUCGUUGUCAGCUAAAAGAAGCAUAGAGGUGCGAAUGAUUCGCCAUGAUCUCUUGAAUGAGCUUAAUGUUCGUGAGUUCAGUGAAGAGUCAAUUUUCCGUAAUCCAAGUGCUUCUUUAGUUGUUGGUUCCGUUAUUUGUGGGUACUGCAGUUGCAUUCGGGACAUUGACCUCUGUCGGGACCUGGAGGAUGCAAUCUGGACAUGCACCAAUUGUCACAAGGGCUAUAAUAAAGCCUCUUUGGAAGAAGAAGUAAUUGGUCAACUACACCGGACCAUUUUUGAGUAUCAGGCUCAAGACCUUAAGUGUGCCAAAUGUCACGCUGUCCGCAAUAAUAAUAUGAGCGAGUAUUGUAGAUGCUCCGGCCGUUGGGAAGAAACAAUUCCAUACUCCUCAGUUGCCCAAAAAUUCGUCACCUUGAAGAAUGUUGCACAGACCUACGGCAUGAAGAUGCUAUUAGAUCUUUUGGACGAAGUGGCAUAA